AAAGAAAGAUGUUGAAGUAGACAGUUCCCAGGCGACGUUUCUACAGAAUGAAGUACCUAAAGAUUUCCAAAAACAAUCUAGUACCAAGGUUUUUUCUUCUGAACUACCUUAUGUAUAUCUUCUUCCUCAUGUGGUUCUUUUAGACAACAAUGAAAAUACAAAAUCCUUUCUCAGGUAUACCUAAAAACAUUACUCCCUUUGUCCCAAAUUAGAAGUCCACUUAAGAAAGAAAGAUUUUGAAAAAAUGAUUAUGACCGGACACACAUUAAGAAAGAUUUUGAAAAAAUGAUUAUGAUGGACAUAUAUUUCUUACCAGAGAAGGAAAUGGACUUUUAUUUUGGGAUGAACCAAAAAGAAAAGUGUGAUGUUUACUUUGGGACGGAGGGAGUAUAGCACACCAUAAACAUCCCAUUGAUGUUCGGGUCAAACAUGUGUGUGAAAAGGGUAAGAAUGUGGUGGAAACAGAUUCCAAUUCGGGCAGUAAGAGAAUAGAGGAGCAGAUCAACAGCAAAAAAAUUGAAUCUCAAACAGUGGUGUCAGUUUGUAAGAAUGCCGCCAUGUAUGAAUCAAGAAAAGUAGCUAUUGAGCCAAGUUUGAAGAGGCUGAAAGAAUCAAGAGAGGCUUCUCAUUAUAUGUUCUGGCAUUCGGAGCAAUCGGUCUUCACAAGGUACAAUACAUCCUCAAAAUCAAAUCAAUUGGAUGCCGCUGCACACACUGUCCAAGAAGAUAAAACAGAUGAAACAUUUGCAACCAAUGCUUUGCAAGCAAAAGCGCUGCUAGAUCCAAGCAAUUCUCACCUUCAUCACUACAAUAACCAAGAACCAGAGCCUGCUAUGAACUACGAGCGCACGAGAAAAAGUGUAACUAGAGAUGACAAUGGCUGUGGCUCUGGAAACAGAAUGGACCCAAACAAACUUGCAAAACGACGAGCUGCUUUGACCAAGCUUAUUCAAAAAAAAAACAGAAGAUUGUUCAAUAACAAGGUAGAUGAUUAUGUGAGAGACCAAUGAGCUUCGAUUUUAGGUCCAUGAAAAAACUGCAUUUCUUUCAAUGUUACUCUGAAAAUUUGAACCAGUUUUUCGUGAAUGUCAGUAUGUCGCUCCAAUUUGUACCCCUACUAUUUUAUGUGUGUGAACAGUGAAUUUGAAGCAGCAUUAACAAAAAAAAUUGAGUGACAAUAU